UGUGCCACUAUGCAAAUUCCCCAACUUAGCUGGCACCAUCGUGUGAUUGUGUUUGCUUUAGUUUGGCUGCUCGGAUCACCAAACCGCCUGGCUCCCAACCACCAAACAGAACAGAUCCAAUAGAACCGCCGGCUCGGAUCGGUUCUGAAUUAAGUCGAUUCGGUUUUGGUUCGGUCCUAAAUCGAACCGAGCCAUGAGCACGCCUGCUGGGCGUGGUAUUGAACCCUUCAACCGUAUAUAUAUAUUUCGCGGUGAUCGGAAUCCAAACAGUUGUUCGAGUGAUAAUCAGAUGGUGGUUUCGUCUGAUGCUCCUUUCCCAGAUACCCAAAUUGUUCCCUCGACAUAUUACGACUGCUCUUUCAUUUUCUCCGCUUUAUCUCAAAUGGGUCUCCACCCUCUCCACAACCGCAUCCACUCCAGGGCCUCUCCAGAAUCUCCCCUCAUGCUUCAAUGGCAGACCUUCAGGAACCUGCUUGGAUUACGAGCUCUCGCUGGUCUCAGCCCUGAAGUUCUGCGCGUCCAGUGCUGCUAUUUUUCAAGGGCAACAAAUCCACGUCAUCGUCCUCAAAACUGGGUUUAAUUCCAAUACUUUCAUCCGAAAUAGUUUGAUCAAUAUGUAUGCUAAAUGCGGACGUCUUUCCGACGGCAGGUUGCUGUGUGAUUCAUGUUCGAAUCUGGAUCCUGUAUCUUGUAACAUUAUGAUUUCUGGGUAUAUAAAAUUUCGCCAAUUGGACAACGCCCGCCAACUGUUCGACAUAAUGCCGGAAAGAGGCUGCGUAUCUUAUACCACCAUGAUUUUGGGUUUGGCUCAGAAUGCUUGUUGGAGUGAAGCAAUUGAGAUUUUUAAGGAUAUGAGAUCUUCGGGUGUGGCCCCUAAUGAAGUGACAAUGGCAAGUGUUAUGUCAGCUUGUUCUCAUAUUGGUGGGAUUUGGAAUUGCAGGAUGCUCCAUGCUCUGGUAAUGAAGUUAAAUUUCACUGGUCUUGUUCUUAUUUCGACAAAUUUGUUGCAUAUGUAUUGUGUUUGUUCAAGUUUAGAAGAAGCUAGGAGAUUGUUCAGUGAAAUGCCAGAGCGUAACACUGUUUCUUGGAAUGUGAUGUUAAAAGGAUAUGUAAAAUCUGGCCUUGUGGAUGAAGCAAGAGAGUUUUUCGAGAGAAUUCCAGAAAGAGAUUUAAUUUCAUGGGCUACAAUUAUUGAUGGGUAUGUGCAAGUGAAACAGUUGAGGGAAGCUUUUUUUAUGUAUUCUGAAAUGAGAAAAAGUGAUCUUGAGCCCAAUGAAGUGAUGAUUGUUGAUUUGCUUUCUGCUUGUGGGCAGUCAAUGUCAGUUAAUGAGGGCAGGCAAUUCCAUUCAGUGAUUGUAAAAACUGGUUUUGACUGUUUUGAUUUCAUACAAGCAACUGUCAUUAGUUUCUAUGCAGCUUGUGGAAGGAUUGAUCUUGCUUAUUUGCAGUACCAGGUGAGUGAUAAGAAUCAUCUCACGUCUUCAAAUGCCCUUAUUGUGGGGUUCACAAAGAAUGGACUGAUCGAGCGGGCGAGGCAAAUAUUUGAUGUGAUGCCUGAAAAAGAUGUCUUUUCAUGGAGCACCAUGAUCUCGGGCUAUGCGCAGAAUGAGUUGCCUGAUAUGGCUUUAGAGCUCUUCCAUGAAAUGGUGGUCAGCGGGGUCGAGCCAAACGAGAUCACCAUGGUAAGCGUUUUCUCUACAAUCGCAGCUUUAGGCAAACUGGCAGAGGGAAGAUGGGCGCAUGAAUAUAUUUGCAGCAAGGGCAUCUAUCUUAAUGAUAAUUUGAGUGCUGCGAUUAUUGACAUGUAUGCUAAAUGCGGAAGUAUCAGCACUGCCUUAGAUCUGUUUUAUCAGAUCAGAGACAAGGCCUCUACAGUGUCACCAUGGAAUGCCAUCAUAUGCGGAUUGGCGAUGCAUGGACAUGCAAAUUCGUCUCUUGGAAUAUUCUCCAACUUGCAAAGACGCAGUAUCAUGCUCAAUUCAAUCACAUUCCUCGGGGUCCUUGGCGCUUGUUGCCACGCUGGUUUAGUCGAGCUUGGAGAGAAAUAUUUCUGGAGCAUGAAGAGUGUGUAUGGCAUAGAACCAAACAUUAAGCAUUAUGGAUGUCUGGUGGAUCUCUUAGGCAGGGCGGGGCGAUUAAGGGAAGCCGAGGAGAGAAUAAGAACCAUGCCAAUGAAGGCAGAUGUUGUGAUAUGGGGCACAUUAUUGGCAGCAUGUAGAACACAUGGGGAAGUCGAAAUAGGCGAACGUGCUGCAGAAAGCUUAGCUAGAUUGGAACCGUCUCACGGGGCAGGUAGAGUCCUCCUAUCGAACUUAUAUGCCGAUGCAGGGAUGUGGGAGGAUGCAUCCUUGGUAAGGAGAGCAAUGCAAGGCCAAAGGAUGAUAAGGUCACCUGGGUGCAGUGUUGUAUAAAGAGUUGGUAAACAAGAUUUC